AUUGCUGAGGAGCAUUUUGAGGUGGAGUACAUAUUGUGAAGAAUUUGCUGAAUGAACAAGAUCUGACCAUGCGUAACAAGACUUAAGCCGCCUUUCCUUCUGUGACUUAAAUAUGCUGCUUUUCAAUAGUGCUUUUGUCUUUACAAUGGUCAUAGCUGCAUGUAUUCUUUGAUCCGUUUCUGAUGAAUAUUAUAGCCAUGAGUUUACAUCGGCAAAUGGGAUCUGAUAGGGACCUGCAAUCUACUGCCUCCUCUGUAAGCUUGCCUUCAAUUAAAAAGGCACCAAAGAAAAGAAGAAUUUCACUGGGAUCUCUUUUUCGAAGGAAAAGGGAUACGAAACACAAAGCCAAGGAUGUAAAUGGCGGCGUUGAUGGAAUUGCAAGUAUUGAAACUAUACACUCAGAAAUAUGCCCAGACAAGAACUCUAUUUUAUCUGCCUAUAUGUCAUCAGACAAUGGAACUGCGAUCUGUAGUAAGCAGACGGGAGACUUCAUAGAAUGUCCCUUGUGCCUUUUGCGGCACUCUAAGGAGAGGUUUCCGGAAAUAAUGACUUGUCACCAUAGAUCUUGUGUGGAUUGCUUACGUCAGUAUCUCCGGAUAGAAAUCUCAGAGAGCAGAGUUAAUAUCAGCUGUCCAGAAUGCUCUGAGCGAUUUAAUCCCCAUGACAUUCGAUUAAUUUUAAAUGAUGACAUCUUGAUGGAAAAAUAUGAAGAGUUCAUGCUUAGACGGUGGCUUGUUGCAGACCCUGAUUGUAGGUGGUGUCCUGCUCCAGACUGUGGGUAUGCAGUCAUUGCUUUUGGCUGUGCAAGCUGUCCUAAACUUAUGUGUGGGCGUGAAGGCUGUGGAACUGAAUUUUGCUACCACUGUAAGCAGAUUUGGCAUCCUAACCAGACUUGUGAUGCUGCUCGUCAGGAAAGAGCACAAAGUCUACGUUUGCGAACCAUUCGUUCUUCAUCCAUUAGCUAUAGUCAGGAGUCUGGAGCUGCAGCUGAUGACAUAAAGCCAUGCCCCCGCUGUGCUGCUUAUAUAAUAAAGAUGAAUGAUGGAAGUUGCAAUCACAUGACCUGUGCUGUCUGUGGUUGUGAAUUCUGUUGGUUAUGCAUGAAGGAGAUCUCAGACUUGCAUUACUUAAGUCCAUCAGGCUGUACAUUCUGGGGGAAAAAACCAUGGAGUCGGAAGAAGAAAAUUCUUUGGCAACUUGGGACACUUGUAGGUGCACCUGUGGGAAUUGCCUUAAUAGCAGGCAUUGCUAUUCCAGCAAUGAUUAUUGGAAUUCCUGUAUAUGUGGGACGUAAGAUUCAUAAUCGCUACGAAGGCAAAGACAUGUCAAAGCAUAAGAGGAACUUAGCCAUUGCAGGUGGUGUAACCUUAUCUGUAAUUGUUUCACCAGUUGUAGCUGCAGUCACUGUGGACACUACAUCAGUAGCAGAGGCACGUCACAAUCCUAGUAUAGGGGAAGAAAGUGUUGGAUUGACUGGAAGCCUAAGUGCAAGUGGUAGCCAUAUGGACAGAAUAGGAGCCAUUCGAGACAAUCUGAGUGAAACAGCCAGCACCAUGGCCUUGGCUGGAGCUAGCAUAACAGGAAGUCUGUCAGGAAGUGCAAUGGUCAACUGCUACAACCGGUUGGAAGUCCAAGCAGAUGUGCAGAAGGAAAGAUGCAGUUUGAGUGGCGAAUCUGGCACUGUUAGUUUAGGAACAGUGAGUGACAAUGCCAGCACCAAAGCAAUGGCUGGGUCCAUUAUAAAUUCAUAUGUCCCGUUGGACAGAUGGAAUUUUGUCUUGACAAUAGGAAAAAAGAAUGAAUCUCUACCAUCGUCGUACCUCCAUGUUCAUCUGUAACUUAGUUUCGGACGUUUUAAGUCUGUGUUGUCUGGGAGCAGCAGCGUGGAUGAUGGUUGUGCUGCAGGCCGCGGUAAUGCUUGUAGCUCUUCCGCCUGCUUGUCUGAUAACAAAUCAAGUGUUCCCAAGUGGUCCAAAGAAUCAUCAGCAGGGAAAAAAUGCAAAGGUAAACUCAGAAAAAAGAAUAGCGUGAAGAUAAAUGAAACCAGAGAGGACAUGGAUGCUCAGUUGUUGGAGCAGCAAAGCAACAACUCCAGUGAAUUUGACUCUCCCUCUCUCAGUGAUAGUGUCCCAUCUGUAGCUGACUCUCACUCAAGUCAUUUUUCUGAGUUUAGUUGUUCUGAUCUGGAGAGUAUGAAAACCUCGUGCAGCCAUGGUUCCAGCGAUUAUCACACCCGCUUUAAUACCGUGAGCAUUCUGCCAGAGGUUGAAAAUGACCACCUAGAAAACUCUCCUCACCAGGGGAGCAGUUUGCUGUUUACACCCAUUGCUCCAUACUCAGAGGUUCCCCAGCUGAGUUAUAUUGCUGAAGAAUGCACCUGCAAGGGGACUUCCAAUAGUGCAGGGGUGAAUAACAGUGAAACACUGAAAGAAAGAAACAACAACCAUUCACCCCAGGUUAUGGAGUUAAGUACUUCAGUUCAGACUGAGAUUUAAACCUGUUAUGUGCUGCAGAAAUGUAUUUACCACUAAAGAGCCUUGCCAGGCCACUUUAAGAAGCAAGGCUUCAGUGCAACUUACAUUUGGAUAUAUGUCUCUAUUAAGGCUUGCGUGGCACUUUGUGAAGUGACAUGAAGAUUAUAACAAGUGCAUUACAAUAAAACAUUAUAUUGAUGUUUUGUAUUUUUGCCAUAACUUUGCUGAAAGUCUGUAUUUGACGAACUUGAAUGGGGAAAAUUGGCCACUUGUAGGCUUCAUAUAAAACCUCAGUAUGGAUUUCAGGUAUACAGCACAAAAACCAAUCUCUGGUCAAGAUGUUGUUGCUGUAACCAUACCAAAAAAUACAUUCUGAUAAUUUUGUGUGGAGAAGAAUGUCAUUAUGUUAAGUAAUGUUGAAACACAUUCUUUAAGCAAGGUUAUGACAUAUAGCAUAACUUUAAAUUAAAAAGAAAUUGGUACUUGAUAUACAAUAGGUAGCAAAGUGACGUCUCCUUAUCAGAAAGUGGGGGUAAUUUAAUUAUAUUUGCAAUUGACAGCAAAAUAGAAGGUUUACGAUAUAAGGUGUAUAAAGUUUUUGUACAAUGUAAGAGCAAUUAAUUUGUUACCAUGGUAGAGAACCUGAUAUAGUCAUCUUUACCAGGGGACCUCAGUUACGCUGUUUAAUUCUUGGUGCCUUUGAAAAAGACUGGGUUUAUAAGUGCCUGGUCUGAUGAUUUCACUGUUAAGUUUUCCAGAAUGUUGUCAGUUGCCACCUUCUUGGAAUCUGGAGGAAAACUGCAGCGAAUCAACUAACUGUGGUAGAUUAAUAGGAUUCAUAAUACUGAAGUAUUAGCCUACCAAAGAUUCACUCAGGCUUUUAGCAGAUAACUUUUCUGACAUCAUUUUGCAAAUCACAUGCACAGAAAAAAAAAGCACAGUGCAGAGCUUGCACAUCUUUGAAAAUGGGCUCUAAAAAUGGCUGGCUUGCAGCGAGGGGUGUGCCACAUGACCUGCUUAUGGUUCAGCUGAACACGAGUUGAAGCUCACUUAAGCGCCUGCACUGUUAAAUGUUUGCCACACAAGUCAUAAUGAUGUAUGCUCUCUUCCCCUCCUACAAGAGAGAGAGAAAAAGAUUUUGGAUUUUGGCACAGAAGCCUUCAGUAAUUUGGUUUUGUGUGUGUAUGUGUGAAUGAGGCAUUUUUUUUUGUAAGUAUUGCCAUUAUGGUGCUACUGAAAAUUUAUGAGAAGAAGGGUUGUUAUGGGCCACAGCCAUCUUCUCUGGCUUCCUUGAUUAUUUUCUUUAAUCAGCUUAUAACACUAGUGUCAGAUACAUUAUUUGGUAAUGCUUGUUAUGAUAUUUGUAUAUUUGCUAUUUUUUGUUUGCUCAAUGGAGUGUGUAAACUACAUACCUGAAAUAAAUGUCUGAGUACUAU